CACAAGUUGACUCCAUCACUCGCAGUCACUUCUCAAUUUCUCUUCUUCUUCUUCCUCCUCAGCCGCUCUAUGCACAUCUGCGACUAUGCAUAGACUAUCUCUCGGCUCGCCUUCCUCCAAGCUCCACCUCCAUGGAAGCCCCAAGGAGGUCCCGCUCUCACCACAAGAACCCAAGCGCCGCCUUGAAGUCGACGACGACAACAACAAGACUCAUCGAUUAUCACUAUCGCCUUCUCCGACACCGAACAAGGUCAUCCAUCUCAUCCCCGUUCUAACACUCCUCUGCUUGUUCAUCCUCUACCUCUCCUCUCACAAUCCCUCUCAAUCAGACUUGGCUCAGUUCAACGGGUUCAAGCGCUCCUCCAGUCAUUUCGAUUCGGCGGUGGAGAUGAACGGCAUUCAGAAGUACAUGAAGGUAGAGAGAGGCGAUGUUUUGGCGAUUCGAAGCCUGCGUAAUUUGCGAGAGAUCGGAAAACAGUCUCCGAAAUCCCGACCUCACAGGAAAUUCGCGGAUUUCUAGCCCGAUUUCUCGCUGCCUUUCAUUCAAUAUUCUUAUUCGUGUAUAUCCGAAUUGCUUGUCAAACGUUUUUUUUUUCUUUUUUUGCCGCUUCAUUUUUGUACAGGCAUUUCGAGUUCGGAAUUGAUUUCCAUGGAAUAAUAAUCAUACUACUCAUCAUA